AUGGGUUUCAACAUUCAACCUUAUGGAAUUCAAUCCAUGCUCAAGGAAGGCCACAAACACCUUUCUGGUCUCGAUGAGGCGGUUCUCAAGAACAUCGACGCCUGCAAACAACUUUCCACUAUCACUCGAACUUCCCUUGGACCCAAUGGUAUGAAUAAGAUGGUUAUAAAUCAUUUGGACAAGCUUUUUGUCACGAAUGACGCAGCGACUAUUGUGAACGAACUUGAAGUUCAGCAUCCUGCUGCCAAGAUUUUGGUUUUGGCUGGGAAGGCUCAACAAGAGGAGAUUGGGGAUGGAGCUAAUUUAACUAUUUCAUUUGCUGGGGAGCUCCUGCAGGGUGCUGAGGAACUUGUCAGGAUGGGUUUACAUCCGAGCGAGAUCAUCAGUGGAUACACUAAAGCAAUCAACAAGGCUGUUCAAAUAUUGGAUGAACUGGUUGAGGAAGGUUCGGAGACUAUGGAUGUUCGUGAUAAGGAGCAAGUUGUUUCUCGUAUGAAAGCAGCUGUUGCUAGCAAGCAGUUUGGUCAAGAAGAUACCAUAUGCUCACUUGCUGCUGGUGCAUGCAUCCAAGUAUGUCCAAAAAACCCUGCAAACUUUAACGUGGACAACGUUCGUGUUGCAAAGUUGUUGGGAGGGGGCUUGCAUAAUAGCACAGUAGUUCAAGGAAUGGUGUUGAAAAGUGAUGCUGUCGGGACUAUAAAGCAAGCAGAAAAGGCAAAGGUUGCUGUGUUUGCUAGUGGUGUUGAUACAUCAGCAACUGAGACUAAAGGAACUGUCCUCAUACAUUCAGCUGAGCAGCUAGAAAAUUAUUCAAAAACUGAGGAGGCUAAAGUAGAGGAGCUCAUUAAGGCAGUAGCAGAUUCUGGUGCCAAAGUGAUUGUCAGUGGGGGAGCAGUAGGAGAAAUGGCUUUGCAUUUUUGUGAGCGUUACAAGCUUAUGGUUCUGAAAAUCAGCUCAAAGUUUGAACUACGUCGAUUUUGUCGAACAACUGGUUCUGUUGCUAUGCUGAAACUCAGCCAACCAAACCCAGAUGAUCUUGGAUAUGUGGAUUCUGUUUCAGUUCAGGAAAUUGGUGGUGUCAGGGUGACCAUUGUAAAAAAUGAAGAGGGUGGAAAUUCUGUGGCCACUGUUGUUUUACGAGGAAGUACUGAUAGUAUACUAGAUGAUCUUGAACGAGCAGUGGAUGAUGGAGUGAAUACUUACAAGGCUAUGUGCAGGGAUAGCCGUAUUGUACCUGGAGCUGCAGCCACUGAAAUUGAGUUAGCUAAAAGGGUGAAAGACUUUUCCUUCAAGGAGACAGGGUUGGAUCAGUAUGCUAUUGCAAAAUUUGCUGAAAGUUUUGAAAUGAUUCCUAGAACUUUGGCUGAGAAUGCUGGGCUAAAUGCAAUGGAGAUCAUAUCUUCUCUGUAUGCAGAACAUGCGUCUGGAAAUGCCAAAGUUGGCAUUGAUUUGGAAGAAGGUGUUUGUAAGGAUGUUUCAACCUUGAGCAUUUGGGAUCUUCAUGUGACUAAGUUCUUUGCUCUUAAAUAUGCUGCGGAUGCUGCAUGCACUGUACUACGGGUGGACCAGAUUAUCAUGGCAAAACCAGCUGGUGGUCCAAGGAGAGGAGAGCAACCUGCAGGCAUGGAUGAAGAUUAA